AUGACGGUGGAUGGCUGCCGAUCACCGGUCGGUGGACCUAACAUUUCAGGAGACUCGGAUGGACUUUUGGGAACAAAGGAAGAACAGAAUCGGUUGCUUCAACAUUCUAAAAUGGAUCAAGUUUCUUCCAGAAAGGGUGUAAACCCGUUGGUGAUCAGAGAAGUUACAGAUGGUUCGGCUAAGAAGGUGAUUAAAUUUGUGGAAGGAAAAGCGAUAAAUGCGAAUACCCCCAAUGAAGUUAACGAAAAUUCUAAUUCUGUGGAUAAGCUACAUUCGGUUCCUUGUUCUGAUCCUUUUAUGAAUCCUAACUUGCAAUCAGAAAAUAGAAAAUUUUCUUCCAUUGACAAUUCUACCAAGGAAGGAGAUACAGGUCCGAAAACAUUUUCUGGAAAUGCUUGGGUUAAACCUCCACAUAUUAAGCUUAAUUAUAAGAUGGAUUCUACUCCGUUAUCUGAGGAUGGAAUUGCAAUUUUAAUGGACUCUAUUUCAGAAAAAGCUAAUUCUCAAGUCCUAAGGAACUCUCUGGAAAUCAAAGUGUUGGGUAAUAACAUCCCAUUCCCAGAAGCAGUGGAAGAAAUAUUAGAAGGAGGACCAUGGUAUAUAGGAGGCAAUAUCAUUGGGUUGGACAAAUGGUCACCCAAUUUUUCUCCUGAAACUCUUAAAGGACUUACAGCUCCUAUUUGGAUUCGUCUGCCUUGCCUUCCCUUACAUUGCUGGGAUGAGGAAAAUAUUUGUAGAAUUGCUUCCAAAAUUGGCUCCCCAAUUUAUCUGGAUGGUAAUUCAUUUAAAUGGGGAAAAAGGGAGUACGCACGGGUCUGUGUUCGAUUAAAUUUGGAUGAAAAGAUUCCUAAAGGAGUUUGGAUAGAAGGGUUGCAUGGAAGAUCAUUCCAAAAAGUUGAAUAUGAAAGAAUCUCUUCUCUAUACUACCAUUGUGGUAAAUUGGGGCAUACAAAGAACCACUGUUCUUUACUUAUCCAACCUUCUUCAGUAACAGCUCCUGAGGUUAGUAAGAAGAUAGUAAAUUCAGCAGAAGAAAUAGAUAAAGACUUUGUUCAAGAUGAAUUGGGACCCUGGAUUCAAGUCAAAUUUAGAAAAAACAGGCAGCCGGGAUCUUCUUAUUUAAAGCAGAAAUCAGAAUUUAUGAAGACAACAAGUAUCAAGCAGAAAACUGUUACGCAAGUCUAUAUGCCAGUCCAAGCUAAUCAGGACAGAGAAGAGGGAGAAAUCAUUGAACCAAUUGCUUUAGAAGAAGAAGUUCUGGAUAAUUUGGAAGAAGGCUCAAAAGGCAUUAACAACUCAUCGAAUAAAGAUGCUUCUAAAUCCUUGUUACUGCAAAUUAAAAACUGUUCUACUGCAGCAGUAGAGAGAAAAUAUACUAACACUGAAGAUAAAAAUGCUAAUAUUAGGAGCAUCAUUGAGGCUGAUUGUAUGGAAAAGGCUAAUUCUUAUUCAGAAGUUAUCAAGGGGUUUGCCAACUCUUGUAUCUCAGGUGGACUCAUGGUUUGUUGGAGAAAGGAUCUUGCCACUUUUUCCAUCUUGGUGGCAUCUCCUCAAACAAUUAUAGGAGAAUUGUACAUUGCUAACAAGGGAAAAUGGAUUAUUGCUUCUGUAUAUGGAAAUAAUGAUUUAUACAAGAGGAAGAACCUUUGGAACACGCUUGAAGGCAUAUCCAAACCAGUUUUUCCAAUUAUCAUUGGAGGGGAUUUUAACUGCAUUCUAUCUCAGAAGGACAAACUAGGAGGAAAAAGAUUCAAAUACACUCAAGGAGUACAAGACUUCAACAAUUUCAUUAGUUCAUGUGAUCUUCAUGAACUAAAGUUUAUUGGUCCAAGGUACACUUGGUGCAACAACAAGACAGGGGGAGCUAGAAUCAUGGAAAGAUUAGACAAAUGCUUCUUGAAUUCGGCUGCUUUGCUUUCUAUUAUAAAUCCAGUGGUUAAACAUCUUCCUAGAAUAGCGUCUGAUCAUUGCCCCAUUCUUGUAAACUUGUUCAAUCCAACUAUUCGUAGAAAAAGGUUCAUCAAGUAUGAAGAAGUUUGGUCCUCUUAUGCCGCUUCUACAGGUAUUGUUAAAAACUCUUGGAAUAAAAAUAUGGUUGGUGAUCCUUCUUCGAGAGCAAAAACGAAAUGGUUGAGAGACGGUGACUCAAACACCAAAUUUUUUAAUGCCUAUGCUACGGGAAGGAGGAGUUCUAAUUGGAUUAAUCAAAUCAAGGGAAGUAAUGGCAAAAUAACUUCUGAUCCAUCAGAAGUGGAAGAUAUCUUUGUCAGCUUUUUCAAAAACAAAUGGCGAGAAAAAGAUUGCUAUCUUUCUGGUUGGCCGAAACCAUUCAAUGUGCUUAAUGUAUUUGACAAGGGAGUCCUGUUGAAAGAGUUUAAGAAAGAAGAGCUUGAUGAGGUGGUUAAACAUCUAGAAGCAGGUAUUUCUCCUGGUAUAGAUGGGAUUUCUUACUCCUUCAUCAAAACCUUUUGGUCUAUCAUAAGCAAAGACGUAUGGAAAGCCAUUCUAUCGUUUUUUGAACUAGGAACCAUGUGUCCUAAUUGGAAGGAGAACUUGAUUACAUUAAUCCCAAAAACAGGAAAUCUGAUGCUCCCUUCUAGUUUCAGACCUAUUAGUCCGUGUCUUUCAGUUUACAAAUUGAUAGCCAAGAUGUUAUUAAACAGAAUGCUAUUCAUUAUUCCAAAACUUGUUUCAGAAGAACAAGCUGCAUUUAUCAAAGGCAGAUCUAGCUCUGAACACAUUCUGUUAGCUCAAGAAGUUUGCAACAAAUUUAGAUUCUCCAAAGCUAAAAAAGGGCUAAUGGCUAUCAAAAUUGACAUGGAACAAGCUUAUGAUAGUAUGAGUUGGUCUACUCUCACUCAAGUCUUGAUGAAUUUGGGGUUCCCAGAUAAGUUUGCUAAUUUCCUCAUCCAAUGUGUUUCAAAUACUAAAUUCUCUAUCAUUGUUAAUGGAAAUUAUUCUGAAUGGAUUGAAGCCAAAAGGGGGUUUAGACAAGGUUGUCCUCUUUCUCCCUUUCUCUUCAUUUUAUGCUCUCAACUUCUCACAGAUGAGGUUAAGCGAAAUGGCAAAGAAUUGGGGAUUAAGAUAGCUCCUAUUGUUGAGAAUAUUUCUCAUCUUCUUUAUGCUGAUGACAUAGUUUUCUUCUUGAAAGCUAAUGGGAGUUGUGUGAAGAAAGAAAAGGAAAUUUUAAAUCGAUACUAUAAAUGUACCGGGCAAAGGAUCAAUAUCCAAAAAUCUUCCAUUCUCUUUGGUAAGUCGGUUAAGAGAAAAAGGAAGAAAAGAUUGUCCAAAAUCCUGAAAUUUAAAGUGGUUCAAGAACUGAAAUACCUUGGGAUUAAUAUUAUGCAAAGGAGGUCGGCUAGGAUGGAUUUCUCUCAUCUUCUAAACAGAGCUAAUGAGUAUCUGAAUGUUUGGGGCAACAAAUACAUUUCUUUAGCAGGGAAGAUUCUUCUAGUCAAAUCUAUUUUGUCCUCCUUUCCAAUCUACUACAUUACUCACUCCUUAGUUCUUUUGAGUUUACUCAAAGAACUUGAUAAAAUGUGUAGGGAUUUUCUUUGGAAUAAACAGGAUGGUAGUAAAGGUCUUCACUAUAUUUCUUGGGAGGUUCUAUGCAAGCCACUUGAUUUGGGAGGACAAGGCAUUCAAUCUUUGAUUUCUAAAGUUAAACCUUUAAGAGCAAAGUUCACUUGGAAACUAAUUUCAGGAGAUUCAUCUAUUCUUUACAGCAUUCUUGCGGCCAAGUAUGGUACUUUACCUUGGAACAUUCAACUUAAAGCUCAAAGUUCUCCUACAAUAAAAAUUAUUAUUAGUGGAUCUCAAGCUCUUCAAGAUGUAUUGAGAUGGAAAGUCUAUAAGGGGGACAACAUCAACAUAAUUCAAGAUGUUUGGAUUUAUGACAAACCAAUUUUAAGAUGGCCCACUUUUAUAGCAGACUUGGGGCAGCACAUCCAACAUCUGGAUUUCUUCAUACAAGAAGGUAAAUGGAAUGAACAAAGAUUAAAAAAAUUUUUCGGACCUGAUUUGGUUGAUAUUAUUAAAAAUAUCACAAUUUAUCCUGAUUCUAUCCAAGAUCAACCGGAGCUUAAAUUUAGAUUCUCAUGUAAAUCAAUUUCUUCAUUAAUUUCUGAAUGUUUUGGAACCAAUAAAGAUGAAGAUCUUACAUGGAAAUGGAGGAAAAAACUACUGUUGAAUCCACGUGUAAAUAUUUUAUGGUGGAGGCUUAGUUUAAAUGCUAUUCCUUCUUAUAGUUUCCUUAAAUCCAGAAAUCUUUCAAGAUUAAUAGAAUGUCAGAGAGGGUGUAAUACUGAAGAGAACAACUUACACAUAGCGGUCAAUUGCCAAAAAUUGAAUCAGAUUUUCUACAUCUUAAGAAAAUGGGGAAUAACCAUUACUGUUUUUAAUUCCAUGGAAGAUUGCUUCGUAGCUUUGUCCUUAAUGGCUUCUAAUGAUCCUUUUACUGGUAACAUUUACUGUUCAGUGGUUUAUUUAAACUGGAUCAAUAGGAAUAAAGUGACUCACGGAAGUAAUGAAGACUGCUCAUCUUUCAUAGCUGCCAAUGCUUUCAGUAUGGCUAUAGCUUCCUUCAAAAAUAAUUCGGUUUACUGGGAAACUAACCAGCUUUCACAGUUGUUAAGCCAUUGGUUUCCUCCUCCAACCGAAUGGGUUAAAUUAAAUAUAGAUGCUGCUGUUAAGAGUAACUAUGAUGCUAGAAUAGGCGGAGUUCUAAGAGAUCAUAAAGGUAGAUUUCUUUGUGCUUUUGGUAUCAAACAUAAGCAUUGGGAUUCAGCCCAAAUGGAAAUGAAAGCCAUCUUAUCAGUAAAGGAUUUUAUGCUCCAAGAGAGAUAUAAUUUCAAAGGAAUCAUAAUAGAAAGAGACAAUAAAAACAUUAUAGAUUUUUUCAAUAAAAUCUAUAAUAAGCAAGCAGGAUUUGAAGAAGAACUCGACAACUUGGACUUCUCAUUUAUUUCUGAAUUCAAUCAGGUUUUCUUCAACUUUGUAAAUAGAAAUAACAAUAAAUUAGCUGAUUACUGUGCUAAUUAUGCUUGCUCCUUAGAUUUUUUUUUGGAUAGUCUCAAUUGUAAUAAUGUUCUUCCUAGAUUUUCCUUGUUACUCAAGGAGGACUGUGAUUGUGGAACAAUCAUUUAG